CUUCGUCAGCUUAGAUGUCUAUGGAACCAUUCUACUCUACUCUAUCAAUUCGAGGAACACUUAGCAAGCUACCUGUAUCUAUUACAACUAUUCAAUAUGUUCGGCUUUGAGGAAUCUCGUCAGAAGCGAGACGAAAUCUACGAUGGCCAGCCUCACGAAUCACACCUAAGCCACGAGCUCAUCGCUGGUGGUGCAGCCUUUGAGGCUAUGAAGGUUUUUGAAAAUCGCCAGCGCGCUGAGGGCAAGGCAGUCAACCAUGGAUUCGCCAAGGAACUCUUGGUAGGCAUUGCCGGCGCUGAGGUCGACAAGCUAUUUGAGACCAAGGGCCUCGAUGCAUUUGACCGCGAGAAGGCAAAACACCAAGCCAAGAAGCAAGCUGAGCACUUAUACGACCAGCAGUACGGCCAGUACGACCAAUUCGACCCUAACAGUUACGACCCUCAUCCGUCCAUGAGAUAUUAGGUGCAUGAUGAAGUAGGGGAGUAGUGGCUAGAUAUGUCUCGUAGAAUUGAGAUUUAUGCAAAUGAAAGCCAAGAAAUCUUAAAUGAAAAGCAAUUACUAAAUGCCAUCAUAU